CUCUCUCAACUCCAACUUGCUCUCAGGAUCUUUGCCCUCUGCAAUCACAAAGCUCACUGCUCUUACAUUCCUCUCCCUCGCUAACAACCGGCUCACCAGCUCCAUCCCCGCUGGCAUUGGCUUGCUGACAAAGCUGGUAGCCAUGUCGCUUGCCUCCAACCAGCUCAAUGGCUCCAUCCCGGAUAACACUGGCGUCCUCACCAAGUUGAGAAGCAUAGAUGUUUCAAGCAACCAACUGUCUGGCAGCAUUCCUGCUACCAUCAGCACUCUCACCCAAGUUUCUCUCCUGUCCCUCAAGAGUAAUCAGCUCACGGGUUCAAUUCCUGUGGAGAUUGGCUCUCUACUAUCUCUGGCAUCCCUCUCUCUCAACUCCAACUUGCUCUCAGGAUCUUUGCCCUCUGCAAUCACAAAGCUCACUGCUCUUACAUUCCU